GCCCGGGGCCCUGAGUCUGUGGCCUGGGUCUGCAGGGACCCCGCAGCACUGGGGGGAUCCCCCACUGGGAGGCGGCGUAGAGCGCUGGGCUGGGUGACCAAGGGCCAGCACCUCCUUGUGUACCCUACUACCGGGAGCAGGGGUGCGGCGGAAUUUAGGCCCCAGACUCUGAGCUGGGCCUCUGCGCAGUAUCCACCCAGCCCCCUGGCUGCAGCCCCAGGGGACAGUGAGCUAAGUGAAGAAAAGGUUUCCCCUCCUGCAGCUGCCUUACCUCCUCCCACCCCCCAGAAGUUGGGGCUUGAACCCAGGGCUUCAUACAGCAAGGGAUAUUCUCUACCAGGUCGCAAUGAGCUGAUCGCCCGAUACAUCAAGCUGCGGACAGGGAAGACCCGCACUCGGAAGCAGGUGUCCAGCCAUAUUCAGGUGCUGGCCCGACGCAAGGCCCGUGAGAUUCAGGCCAAGUUGAAGGAUCAGACAGCUAAGGACAAGGUCCUACAGAGCAUGGCAGUCCUGUCAUCCACUCAGAUCAUCUCGACCCCUGCCUUCCACACUAAAAUGGCCCUGGCCCAGGCCCCUGGCCACCCAGCUGUCUCUGGGUUUUGGCAAGGAGCACUGCCAGGCCAAGCUGGAACAUCCCAUGAUAUGAAGCCUUUCUCCCAGCACACCUGUCCGCUCCAGCCACCACUGCCUCUGCCAGUGUCUGAGUCUCCUGCAGGCGCUGUGCCGUCACCCCCCGCACCCCCCUGGCAGGGCCGCAGCGUGGCCAGCUCCAAGCUCUGGAUGCUAGAGUUUUCAGCCUUCUUGGAGCAGCAGCGGGACCCUGACACGUACAACAAACACCUGUUUGUCCAUAUUGGCCAGCCGUGCCCCGGCUACAGUGACUCCUGCCUGGAAGCCGUGGACAUCCGCCAGAUCUACGACAAGUUUCCUGAGAAGAAGGGUGGCCUCAAGGAGCUCUUUGAGCAUGGUCCCGCCAACGCCUUCUUCCUAGUCAAGUUCUGGGCAGACCUCAACAUCAACCUUGGGGAGGAAGGCAGCUCCUUCUACGGGGUCUCCAGCCAGUAUGAAAGUCGCGAGAACAUGAUCAUCACCUGCUCCACCAAGGUCUGCUCCUUCGGCAAACAGGUGGUGGAGAAAGUGGAGACCGAGUUCGCCCGCUACGAGAAUGGCCGCUACUUGUACCGCAUCCACCGCUCCCCGCUGUGCGAGUACAUGAUCAACUUCAUCCACAAGCUCAAGCACUUGCCUGAGAAGUACAUGAUGAACAGCGUGCUGGAGAACUUCACCAUCCUGCAGGUGGUCAUCAACAGGGACACUGAGGAGACCUUGCUGUGCUUGGCCUUCGUCUUCGAGGUGUCAGCCAGUGAGCAUGGCGCCCAGCACCACAUCUACCGGCUAGUGAAGGAAUAAGAGACGGGGCGGGUGGGGGACGCACAUGGGGACCUUGUGGGGCCCCGAGGCUCCUAGGACACUGAGGCUCCCGCAGGGACAGGUGAGCCUGGACCCGAGGCACCCAGCCCCCAAUAAACCCAGCGUUUGUGUUUCAGGGACUUUGGCUGGGUGAGCUGGGGGAACCCUACCAGAAGAGGGGGUCAGCGUGGGGAGUAGGCUGGGAGCAGUGCCAGCCAGGCAGCCUAGGUUAACUGGGAGCCCCCAUUCUGGCACUCUCACAGGAGUGCCUGGAGGGGCCUCUGUAUAGCUGAGCCCCCUGGGGUGGGAGGGGGCAGGACUUUGGGGGGUAUGGUCACAGCUCUUAGGUGGGGUGCACCCACUGUGGCCUGGCUGCUGGGGGACUUUUUCCAGACCUAGGGAGCUGCAGAGCAAGCCAGCAGAUGGAGGUGACCUGCUGGAGUUGCCAGGUGGUUUUGCUCUGAGGUUGUGACAGAACCACAAAAUGCCAGGAAGACGACAUAGGCCUGUGGAGGCCGUGGCUGGAGAGCCCAGCACACUCCCCUCCCCCCCCCUGCCAGGAUACACGCUGGGUGGGGUCCUCCCUCCCAAGGGUAUGUCUCCUGCUUCCCCCCCCCCCCCAAGGAGGAAGGGAGUGAAGCCACUCUGAGCCAGCUGGAGGUUGGGUGGCCUUCUGGGAACUUCCAUGGGCUUUAGGUCCUCGUGGGUUCCACUUAGUAAGGAGAUAACAUCCCCAAAGUGCCUGCUGCCUGAUGCAUUAAAGAAACAUCAUGGUGGCAAAUUUUGUAUCUUUUUUUCCUUAUUUUUUUAAGUGAGAUAAAGUGAAAGAGACCACAACACCAAAGCAGUGGGGACCAGGCUCAAACAUGGGUCAUGCACAUAACAAAGCAGCACACUAUCCAAGUGAGCUAUUCUCCCCCCGCCCCCAAUUAUUUAUGAAGUCAGAGGGGUCUGGCUCUUAGCUGCCACCUAAUAGCCUUGCAGUGUGACUGUCCUUGCAGAGGAAGCAGUUUCAGGAAUGGAGUGGAAGGGGUGCCAGCCGUGCGCUCCGUCUCUCAGAUCCCCAACUGGGACUGGAAUCAAGGUGCUUGAUUGCCAGCUAGCUGUGAGACAGGCUACCUAAGCUCAGUGCACCUCAGCUUCCUCAUUUGUAAAAGGGGUCUAAUAUAGUAUCUACCUCAUAUAUGUGGGUGCCUAGCCUCACACCCAGAGGUGGGUGUGCUCAGUGGACACAUACUGUCAUUAUAGGGAGGCUCCCAGCCUGGAGGAAGUUGGGGGCCUAGUCCUCAGAGUGGAGGGCCAGGGCUGCAGUUGGAAACCCCCCUUCUAACCUGCAAGGGGCAGAGUGGCCAGGGUUCCAGUGGGUACGGCCAGCUCCCCCAGCCUCCCUGCCCACCCCUGGCCAGCACCUCUCUGCCAACACCCACCCAGCCAGACCUCCUGUCCAGGUAUACAGCCACACUGUGUAGUGGGGCAGUGGGGGCCGGGGGUGGGGUCACACACCCAGGCACAUGUGUGGCUUGUCUGAGGCCCUCCAGUUCCUCCCCAGUCACUGUCACAGCCCCUGUCCUCCCACUUUGGGGAGCAUGUGCAUCUGGAUGUGCCUAUGGGAGCUGCCCCACUCAGGCCUUGGUGUCUGAACCCCGAGUGGCCAGCUGUGGAUGCAUUCACUCACUCACUUACUUACACACCCAUUUGGGGUGUGUUUGCUGGACUUUGCUUUGAGUCCAGUGCUGAGAUUGCCUAUUACAGGUGAGGCUGCAGGAAGCUUGCAUUUUACUGAGGGAGAGACAUAGGGAGCAAGUGGGCCAGACUCAGGCUGUGGACGAGGGGGCACUGAGGCUGUGACCCCUGGGAACUCUUGGGGCCAGGGGAGGGCGAGGAAGGACUUUCUGAGAAGGUUGUGCAGGACUGAGGGACACGGUAUGUGGGCUGUGGCUGUGAGUGUGGGUUCAUGGGACUUUUAUUUACCCUGAGUGAAGAGAGACUGUCUCUAGUCUCUGCUCAGAGGCUGGCGCCCACAGGAAACAAACACUGAUUCUGGAAUGUGGCAGAUGCUUGUGAAGAUUUGGGGGAAUGUGAGUGCAGCUGUGGGGACCCCACACCUCUGGAACAUCUCUCCGCACUUCUGAGGCCACUUGGCACUCUCAUAUGAUGUCCUCGCGGUGGGGACAUGGAAGCAGGUCAUUGCUCUGGCCUCAUGGCCUUGUUUUCCUUGGUCAUGUGACCUUCCCAGAAGGCUGGAAGCUUAUGGGGGUCGGCACAGUUGGGGGGUGGCUGUAGGUAGAAGGACAUAGUCCCUAUAAUUGGGGUGGCAUGGGAUCUGGGGCUCCUAUGGGAAGGGGGGAGGUAGCAGGAACUGCAGGUCUCUGACUUGGCCUUAGAGGCAGCUGUGCCCAGCCUGCACUAUCUGACCCCCCUCUUGCUCCCCUGCCCCCUGCUGUUCCAGCUUCUUUCCCCCCCCCCCCAAGGGCAAAGAUCUCUGAGAGUUGUUGCCAAGUGGCUUGUAACUGGGGUAGUUUUGGCCAGCCAUCUGUCCCCAGAGCAACCUUUGGGAUGUGAUGUGGGGAGCAAUGGGUGAUGGUUUCCUUCAGCCUGUCCUGGGGGGGGGGGGGGGCUAGUGGGAGUGGGGACUGCAGGAGCAACUCUGUACUGACUUUGGAGAGUGUCAGUGCUUGAGAUGUAGCUAGCCACUGCCCUGGAGGUUACAGCCUGAAUCCAGGGCUCUGUGCUAUGGCCUCACACAGUGGACUCCUGUGCCCAGCCCAGGGGAAGGAGGGGGAUCCCUGGGCAGUGGCCCAGGGGGAAGGAAAGCCUGAGGGUGCUGUGAGCUGGAGAGGCCCCCUGGGCUCAGUGUCUUGUACAUCUGCUCUGUGACACCUCCUUGUCACCUGGUCUUAAAUAAAAUCUGCACAACACGGCC